CGCCGCUGUUCGCGCCCUGGGCAGCCAUGGGCAAGAUCCGGCCCAUCAUGAUCAAGGGCCACGAGCGCGCCCUGACGAUGAUCAAGUACAAUCGCGACGGCGAUCUCAUCUUCUCCUGCUCAAAGGACCACGUGCCGUCGGUCUGGUACUCUGAGAACGGCGAGCGGAUCGGCACGUACCACGGCCACUGCGGCACGGUCUGGUGCCUCGACGUCAACUGGGACUCGACCAAGCUGCUCUCUGGCUCGGCCGACAACUGCUGCAAGCUGUGGGAGGUGCAGAGCGGCGAGUGCCUCCACACGUGGAAGCACACGGCGCCGGUGCGGUGCGUCGGGUUUGCGAUGGGGGACAAGCGGUUCCUCACCGUGCUCGACAACAUCAUGGGCAACGUGCCGACCAUCUACGUGUGGGAGCUCGAGCUCAACAACCUGGCAAACCACCCGGACUGCCCGCUGCUCACGAUCCUUGGCCACACGGGCAAGAUUGGGCGCGCCCUGUGGGGCCCUCUCAACGAGGCGAUCUACUCCGUCUCGGACGACUCCACGCUGCGCAUGUGGGACCCAGACUCAGGGGAGGAGAAGCACGUCAUGGAGGGGGUGCACACCAAGAAGAUCACCGACCUCCAGCUCUCCUACGACAAGACGCUCCUCUGCACCUCCUGCACCGACCAGUUCGUCCGCCUCUUCGAGACCAAGACCCUCCGCCUCCUCUACGCCUUCAACUCUGAGCGGCCGCUCAACUCGGCCGCCAUCUCGCCGCUGCCCCACUGCCCGUACCUCAUCGCCGGAGGAGGGCAGGACGCCAUGUCCGUCACGACGACCGCCGCGCAGCAGGGCAAGUUCGAGACGCUCUUCUUCGACCACGCCUUCGGGGAGGAGCUCGGCUGCAUCGGAGGCCACUUCGGCCCCGUCAACACGCUCGCCUUCGCGCCGCACGGCCGCUCGUACGCCUCCGGAGGCGAGGACGGCUACAUCCGGAUACACCACCUCGACCAAGAGUACUUUGAGGCGUACGAGAAGAAGGUGACCGAGUCUGGCAUUCUGGCGGCAGACAAGGCGUGAGACCGCCCACAGCCAGGCCGGGGACGAGGCGCAGCCCGCACGGGAGCGAGGGCCGGUCGGAGGUGACUCGCUCGGAGCGCCGGGGAGCGGCGCGGUGCAGCCGAGCACAGCCAUAGGGCGCACGUCACACAGGCGCGGCCUCUCGCUCUCCCCACCUUCUCUUACACAUUGUUGCUCCGCUGAAAAAAAGUAAUAUAUCUUU